GGGGAGCAGGCGCUGAGCUACGCGCAGGUGGAGCGGCGCAGCAGCCGGGCGGCGCGGGCGCUGCGCGAGUUCGCGGGGCUGCAGCAGGGCGACUGCUUGGCCCUUGUCCUGGGCAACGAGCCCGCCUACGUGUGGCUCUGGCUGGGCCUGGCCAAGCUGGGCUGCGCCAUGGCCUGCCUCAACUGCAACAUCCGCGGCAAGUCCUUGCUCCACUGCUUCCAGUGCAGCGGGGCCAAGGUGCUGCUGGCAGCCCCAGAACUGAAAUCAGCUAUUGAAGAAAUAUUACCAAGUCUAAAGGAACAAAAUGUUAGAGUCUUCUACCUAAGCAGGACAUCUGAUACAGAUGGGGUUGACAGCUUUCUCGAUAAAAUGGAAAGUGUUUCAGAUGAGCCUACCCCACAGUCAUGGAGAUCCAACGUCACUUUUAAAAGUGCUGCCUUGUAUAUUUAUACCUCUGGCACUACAGGUCUUCCAAAGGCUGCCAUGAUUACCCAUGAACGCAUAAUGAUAGCUUGUGGUUUAGCCACUGCAAGUAAAAUUACUUCUGAAGAUAUAAUAUAUACUACCCUGCCACUGUACCACAGUGCUGCCCUCCUGCUUGGACUCCACGGAUGUAUCAUGCAAGGUGCAACCUUAGUUUUGCGCUCCAAAUUUUCAGCAACUCACUUCUGGGACGACUGCAGGAAAUACAAUGUAACAGUUAUACAGUACAUUGGAGAGGUGCUUCGGUAUUUGUGCAAUAUGCCAAAGAAAGACAAUGACCGUGAUCACAGAGUGAGACUUGCCAUAGGGAACGGGUUAAGGGGUGAUGUUUGGAGGGAAUUUGUCAAAAGAUUUGGAAACAUCCGUAUUUUUGAGUUCUAUGCUUCAACAGAGGGAAACGUUGCCUUUGUUAACUACACUGAAAAAGUGGGUGCAGUGGGGCGUGUCAACUGCUUCCAUAAGAAGUUUAUACAGUAUGAGCUGAUUAGAUAUGACGUGGAGAAAGAUGAACCAAUCCGAGAUGAAAAUGGAUACUGCAUAAAAGCUCCUGUAGGUGAACCAGGGCUCUUGAUCUGCAAAAUCUCACAGUUUGCUCCAUUUACUGGCUACGCAGGAGCAAAGAGCCAGACAGAGAAGAAGCAGCUAAGAGAUGUCUUCCGGAAAGGAGAUUUAUAUUUCAACAGUGGUGACCUCUUAGUGAUUGACCGAGACAACUUCAUCUAUUUCCAUGACCGGGUUGGAGACACAUUCCGAUGGAAAGGAGAAAAUGUAGCUACUACUGAAGUUGCAGAUAUUUUAGGAUUGGUUGACUUUGUCCAAGAAGUUAAUGUAUAUGGAGUGCCUGUACCAGGUCAUGAAGGCAGAAUAGGAAUGGCUUCCAUUCGACUAAUGGAGGGCUGUGAAUUCAAUGGGGAAAAGAUGUACAAACAUGUUCAAGACUACCUGCCAACUUAUGCAAGACCUCGCUUUAUCAGGAUUCAGGAUGUCAUCGAGGUCACAGGAACUUUUAAGUACCGUAAAGUGCAGUUAGUGGAGCAGGGCUUCAACCCAGCAGUUGUCAAAGAUGUCUUAUAUUUCCUAGAUGACAAAGAAAAGAUGUAUGUGCUGAUGACACCUGCCAUUUAUGACUCUGUACAAAACCACAGUAUAAGAUUGUGAGUGUCUAAAAUUAGUCUUUUGUAAUAUUCAGUUUUUUAAAUAUAUCCUAACUUCAGAAACUCUAGAAAUCCAUUUUUAUGUAUUGAUAAAGGUUACAGUAAGUUUGUAUUUGAAAUCAUGCAUAAAUCCAACUUUUACUGAUUACAGAAUGUGAAAAUAUUUUUCUUUAUUCCUUUGCUUUGCAAACUGCCCAUGUACAACUGUGAUGCAGAACAUUGCUGUCUGACAGAACAACUCUGGCUCCUCCUCCCUUGCCCCAAACAUUGUCCACUCCUUUUGUCUUACUGUUUCCUUCCGCCCUUUCUCAAGCUGUCCACACACCCUCUUACCUUGUGCACUAUCAUUCCAUUUCCUACUUCACUUCUUUCAGCUCACCUUCCACCAUCAACCUCUAUUUUUUAUGCCAUCUGUUCCUAUUCUUAUGUCUAAACUUAUUCUCCCAUGCUAUGAUUUAGGAAAGCAUUUAAGUACAUGGUCAAAUUCUUUCCUGAAUUAGCCCCCAAAAUAGAAUCAGAGGGAGAAUUCAGAAUUAGAAUUCUGAACACAUAUAGUCUAUCUCAUUAGCCAAAUCACAUUUUUGUUGUGUUUCUGUGGUGAUUCCUUAUGUUAUAUAUAUAAUUUGUAAUCUCUUUUGGAGCAGGGACCUAUUGUCUUCUAUUUCUUCUGGCUUCUGUGGUGCUAUAUAAAUAAUAAACUGUAAUGCUGUAUUAGUUGUUCAGGAAUGUAUGUUCAAAUACCACCCAGUCCCAAA